AUGGCUGAAAAAAGAACACUAAGGCAGCUUGCUGCUCCUGAUGUCAAUUACAAUGAUCUUUGCAUCCAAUAUACUGACGUUGAUAUUCCUUUUGAAUUGAAAUCUGGUUUGAUACACUUGUUGCCCAAGUUUCAUGGUCUUGCAGGUGAGGGUCCACAUAAGCAUUUGAAGGAAUUUCAGGUUGUUUGUUCUACACCAUUGAGGCCUGAAGGUAUAACAGAAGAUCACAUCAAGCUCAGAGCUUUUCCAUUCUCGCUCCAGGAUGCUGCCAAAGAUUGGUUGUACUAUCUUGAGCCGAAUUCUAUCACAACUUGGAAUGAUUUGAAGAAGGUCUUUCUAGAGAGAUACUUUCCCGCUUCUAGAGCUGCGUCAAUCAGAGAAGAAAUAUGCGGCAUUAGGCAGGGAAACGAAUCAUUGGCAGAAUACUGGGAAAGAUUCAAGCAACUAGUUUCCAGUUGUCCUCAACACCAGAUCACCGAGCAAUUACUCAUCCAGUAUUUCUAUGAGGGGUUGCUACCAAUGGAUAGAAACAUUUUGGAUGCUGCUAGUGGUGGAGCACUUGUUGAUAAAACUCCAGCUGCUGCCAAGGCCUUGAUUGAGAACAUGUCACUCAACUCGCAACAGUUCAUAACUAGAAAUAAUUCUGCGAGUGUGAAUGAGAUCCAGUCUUCCUCUUCCUCUUCUUCCAUCAAGGCUCUAGAAACCAGAAUUGAAACAAGAAUUGAUGAACUUACUUCUUUGGUGAAACAGUUGGCAGUUAGUAAAGCUCAACCAGCAAAAGUGUGUGGUAUUUGUACUUCUUCUGAGCACCCGACUGAUACAUGCCCCAUUUUGCAAGAUGAGUCGAUCACUGAGUUGCCUCAAGCAUAUGCAGCAAACCUUUACAAUCGAGGCAACAAUCAAAACAGGUACAACGCUCCUGACCUUUCCACUAACAGGUACCAUCAUAGUUGGGCGAAUCACCCACUUCUGCGGUAUGGGAAUCCAACCGCGGAAAAAAACACACCAUUUGCGGCUGCCUCCGGACCUUUAUUGGAGGACCUUGUAAAGGAGCUGAGAUCCGGAAGAGUGUCAGAACCAGCUCCAGAGAAAAAGAAGAAGAAGAAAACUAUUGCAUCAUCAUCUACUCUUGAACCUGAACAUGUUAUUGAACCUUCUGUUACAACUGAAAGUAGAACUGAAAAAGUAUAUGUGCCACGAAUUCCUUUUCCUCAAAGGGUGCAGAAAAAUAAAAAGAAGACAGUUGAGGAAGACAAAGAGAUUCUUGAUACAUUUAGAAAAGUAGCAGUUAACAUUCCUCUUCUUGAUGCAAUUAAGCAGAUCCCUAAAUAUGCAAAAUUCUUGAAAGAUUUGUGCACAAACAAGAGGAAGGUGAAGGAAAAUGACAGAGUCAGUUUGGGGAGAAAUGUUUCUGCUCUCAUUCAUCCCAAAUCCAGUUCCUCGGCUAAUGUCUCAGUUCUCAGUCAGACCCUGGCACAAAAGUGCAAGGAUCCAGGAGUUUUUGCUAUUCCUUGUUCCAUUGGGGAUAGAAAGUUUGAAAAUUGCAUGCUUGAUCUGGGAGCAGGUAUUAAUGUUAUGCCUACUUCUGUUUAUAAUAACCUUGAUCUUGGUCCUUUGCAGCCUACAGGUUUGAUUGUUCAAUUGGCGAACAUGAGUAAUGCCCGCCCUGCUGGAGUGCUAGAAGAUGUCCUUGUGCAAGUUAAUGACUUAAUUUUUCCUACAGACUUCUACAUUUUAGAUAUGGAGGGAGAAACUAAUUCCAGCAGGGCACCCAUCAUUCUAGGCCGACCCUUCAUGAGGACGGCAAAAACAAAAAUUGAUGUUUAUGAUGGCACAAUGUCCAUGGAGUUUGGCGACAUUGUUGUUAAAUUUAACAUUUUUGAUGCCAUGAAACAUCCCUUAGAGGAACACUCUGUUUUUUAUAUGGAUUUGGUUUCUGAGUUGGUUGGUGAGACCUGUCCUGAAUUCUUUUCCGCAGAUUUUCCUUCAUUGUCCGAUUUUGAUUCAUGUACUAACACUAACCUUUGCUCUGAGAUUGCAUCUGCCUUGCAGGAUAAUAACUUUCAUAUAGGUGAAGAUUAA